AUGUCUUCCGCUUCUGCUUCCACUCCCGAGACCAUUCGCGACGAUGUCAAGGUCGCCGAGGCCAAGCCCGUCAACCAGACUAUCGCGCAGAUUCGCUCUCUCGCGGCCGGCGCUGCUGGUGGUGUCUGUGCCGUCGUUGUCGGCCAUCCGUUCGAUCUGGUCAAGGUGCGAUUGCAGACCGCCGAGAAGGGCGUGUACAAGGGCGCGAUGGAUGUCGUGAAGAGGACGGUUGCGCGCGAGGGAUUGGCUCGUGGAUUGUAUGCGGGUGUUUCGGCUCCGUUGGUGGGAGUGACUCCGAUGUUCGCCGUCAGCUUUUGGGGCUAUGAUCUGGGCAAGCAGCUCGUCAGCAAAUUCUCCACCGUGCGCGUGGAGAACAACACCCCCCAGUACACCAUCGGUCAGAUUUCCUCCGCCGGGUUCUUCUCGGCCAUCCCCAUGACCCUGAUCACGGCCCCCUUCGAGCGAGUCAAGGUGCUGCUGCAGAUCCAGGGCCAGAACCCGCCGCCGCCCGGCCAGAAACCCAAGUACUCCGGCGGUGUAGAUGUGGUGCGACAGCUGUACAAGGAGGGCGGGAUUCGCAGCGUCUUCCGUGGCAGCGCAAUGACCCUGGCCCGUGACGGGCCCGGAUCCGCCGCCUACUUCGCCGCCUACGAGUACAUCAAGCGGUCGCUGACCCCCAAGGACGCCAACGGCAACAUCACCGGCGAGCUGUCCAUGCCCGCCGUCCUGGCCGCCGGUGGUGCUGCCGGUAUCGCCAUGUGGAUUCCCGUCUUCCCCGUCGACACUAUCAAGUCGCGUCUGCAGAGCGCCCCGGGAAAGCCCACGAUCAGCGGAACCAUUCGCUCCGUGUAUGCCAGCGGCGGCUUCAAGGCCUUCUUCCCUGGUUUCGGCCCGGCGUUGGCCCGAGCUGUGCCUGCCAAUGCGGCUACCUUCGCUGGCGUCGAGGUCGCCCACAAGUUCAUGAAGAAGUUUUUCGAUGACUAA